AUGGGUUCCUUAGCUGAAGUCGAGAAACAGAGCUGGCGUUCAAUGAAAAGAAAGAAUUUAAGUAAUCAAUUUGUUUAUUCACGGAAGAGGAAUGUUUUAGAAACACUCAAAACGCCUAAAUAUGACGUAUUUACGCUAUAG